AUGGCUGAUAAAAACAAGACGGCUGCCAACGAUGGUGAACCUGCCGCUCCCAAGACCUCCAGACCAACACUGUUUAACCUGCUGGAGGUCCUGGCAAGCUAUUCAAUGACCACGCCGUCGCAACGACAGUGCAUCAGAGAUAUAGUAACGGAGUUCUUGGCAAAUAAAUUUGAACACUCCAAGGUGUAUUCGUAUAUAGGAGCGGUAGUUGGACAUGAUAGACUCCACGCAGUGAUAAAGCAGCUCGAAGCAGACCCAGACAGGUCGCCACUGCCAGAUCAGGACGGCCUGAUGAAAAUUGAAUCGGCCUUCAACCUGACGAGGAAUUACAAAACUCCCAAUAGCACAAACGGUGAAAGCACAGCAAACAAGGACGAAAUACUGAGAUCAAUAAGAAGGAACCUCAGUAAAAAGUGCGAACUAACGAGAUCCUCAAGCAUGAGGACAGCCUCAGCAGGAGUGCUUCUGCAGAAGGCCUGCUGGCUCCCGAUCAGAAGGUCGCUGACCACAGGGCCGCUCUACGGACACAGCCUGACGUGCAUCGGCAUCAGAGCGUACAUACUCGGAGGAAGCAACGGGAGAAACCAGGGCUUCAACCUGUCGAGAGCCCACGUCGUCAACCUCAUGGACUUCAGCAGUAAGCAGAUAAUGCUCAGCGGAGAGGUGCCGACACACAGAGAAGGAAACUCGUGCAACGUGACAGUGCUGCACCAGACACACGCAAUAGUGCUUUUCGGAGGGUUCAACGGGGAAGUCUUCUUCAACGAAGUGUACCUGUUGGACCUCGAGAAGAGACGCUGGAGCAAAAGGAACCCUAGCGGCCCACUGCCGACGCCAAGAAACGAACACUCAGCACUGAUUUACCCGCCGAGGUUUGACCUGAGGAAUGGAAACCCCGGGUCGAGCGAAGGUCAAAAUAAGGAUUCAACGAACGGAGCACCGACCACCCCAGUCUAUAACACAGUGGUCUACCUGUUCGUGUUCGGAGGGAAGACGGGAACGCGACACCAGUUCCAGUGCUUGAAUGACAUGUGGGCAUAUAACGUGUCCAAAGACUACUGGAUCUCAGUGGAAACGGGAGACAAUAAGCCGUGCCCAAGGUUCGGAGUCUCUCCACUCUGGGCAGACGACGAAACAAUAUGCGUCUUCGGAGGAGAGUCGAGUUCGCCAAGCGGAUACGUCGAUCGCACAGAACGCGUGCUGCUGGACGACCUGUGGAUGUUCCACAUCACAAACUUUGACGCAGCAAGAGAGGAAUCAGGAGAAAAUCACGAAAAUAGCACAUCUGAGUCGAAGAGAAACGAAAAAAUAGCAGGAAUGUGGCUGCAAGACUACUACGAAGGGAACAUAGGGCCUAGGUCACACUACAGCAGCAUAUUCAUAGCACAAAGGUGCAAGGAGAUGAACACGGGAGCGCCGAGGACGAUAGAAAGACUGAUGUUCCUGACGGGAGGCUUGACCUACUCGCAAGGAAACAAGAAAAUGGUCAUAGCGAGCGAUAAGCUGUACUUCUACUUCUUCAGCCAGAAGAGGUGGUACUCGCUGAAGCCGAACUACCCGAGGAAUUACAUAGGAGAGCCGUUUGAGCCGAGACAGAUGCACGUGGCCUGCUUCUUUGAGAAGAAGAACAUCCUCUUCCCGGGAACGAAGCCCUCAGUGCCCUGCAUAUUCUUCCACGGAGGGUUCCACAAGAAGCAGAUACUAUCGGACUCGUGGGUGCUCUCGCUGACGGGAGAGGACCUGUUCUUCAAAAACUCGCUGCUCUCGCCGGAAACGAGUAGCGGAACGAACAAGAUGGACCUGAGAAUGUACCCGCCGUGGUACUACAGAGAGUCGCACUCGCCCUCGCUGCUCUGGGGAAUGUGCACGGUGCAGAAGUGGGUCUUCGGAGCACUGGCGCACCUGGUGGACAACUCGCUCAAGGAGGGCGUGAGCAGCAGUAACGUGUCAAUCAAGUUUGAAAUGUCGCCCAACGGAGAGGAGCUCAUGCUGUCAGUGCAGGACGACGGAAGCGGAUUGGACUACAACACGAUGAACAGACUCCUGAAGCUGUUCGGAAGGAGCUACAACACAUAUACAACAAACGAGGAGCUGGAAGCAGGAUGCAACAAGGAGGAGUACGGCCUCGGCUUCAAAAUGUCCUACGGAAGACUGGGAAACAGCGUGACGGUGAUGUCGAGAACGCACGAUUCAAUAGGAAUAGGAAUGCUCUCACUGGAGCUCAUGUGCCAGUGCGAGUCGAGAGAAAUGGCGGCGCCAAUGUGCAUGUGGAAGCUGCCAAGCAAGGAGCUGAUAAACAGAGACGGACCGUGCUACCUGGACCAGAGACACCACCAGAGGCUCCUCAUGAGCUACUCGCCGUUCAGCACAGCAGCGCUGCUGGCGGAGCAGAUCAACGUGCUGGGAACGAACCCAGGCACGAGGUUCCUCUUCUGGCGCCUGAGAGACGACCUGGACACGCUGGUCCUGGAGGACGGAACGCUCAUGAGCUCGAGCCCGAACCACUCGACAGCAUUCCACCUCUCGCUGCAAGACCCGGGCUUGACGCCGAACAUGCUUAACGGGGACGCGAGGCUCAACGGCGAUCUGGCAAAGUCGGCCCGAGAAUCGUCGGCGAGAGAAGGCGCAGACAAGCACGCAGGCUGCACACACGCACCAUCUGACCCGUGCACGAAGGAGGAGCAGACAGGCGAGCACAUGGUAAAGACGGAGAAGGCGGAAGAUGAAGCUUCGGAAAAGGAGAAAAUUAAGUUUAGGAAACUGAUGGGCUACCAGGGAGGAUGGUACGACCAGUUCCCGCUGUGGAAGGACCCGAAGCACUCGAUGGACUACUGCCUCCCAGUGUACCUGUACUGGCUGCACCUGCACUCCUCGUGCUCAUACACAGUCCAGGACGUGCUGCUGAAGCCGAACCCAAUCCACGGCUACAGCUUCGAGGGAAAGAAGAGCCUCCAGCUGGACGACGGAAGGACCACUAUCACGGGCUCGCCGCUCUACGACGAAAACAAUAAGCGUCCACGCGAUUCUCUGGCCAGCGACUCGGAUGAGCCGCUGAAGAAGCAUCACACGCUGUCCUCAGAGGAAGCAUCGAGGGACACGAACUCGGAAAGGCAGGACAAUGACUCGUCCACGCAGGGGGCCUCGCAAGGAUUCGACUCGAGAAGCGCGCCUUCGCUGGAGAGCCACGACCUCCACAAUCACGUGUACCGGUACGCGGUGAACUCGGGCUUUGGAAUGGACAACUACUCGUGCGGCAAGAACGCCUGCGGAUACUGCGGAGUCUCGCCGAUAGCGCGAUCAAUGUCGGGCGGAGAGACGCUCUACUCGUUUCUGAAGGCGAAGUUGCACAAGGCAGUUCAGCUGCCGUUCCUUUUCAGCCCGGAGGACCACGCGCAGGGCUGCUUCGCACUCAUAGGUUUCCUGAACGACCCGGCCACGUCGUGCCCGAGCAGCUUCGACGUGACGCUGACCCAGUCACCCGCGUCGCGCGGCUCAGUGAGUCCCACGGGGUCGUCUGUAGUCUCAGGCUCGCUGCCAGCCGAAGCCUCGACGCCAGUGACGUCAAGUCCUUCGCGCUCACGCAAGGGAAAGAGCAGCAGAAGCCGCUCGUCCUCGGAGAACAGAGCAGCCACAGCAGCAGCGAACAUCGUGGCCUCAGUGCCAAACCUGAGCUCGGAGUCGCUGGACGCCCUGAGGAACGGAAGCUCAGAGUCCCUUUCCUCGAACUUCUCGGCGGCAAGCCGCGUCGCGGAGGCCGGAGUGCUGCUCUACUACAAGGGCAGGCUGAUCAGGAGGCUCGAAGGCUGUUUCCCGGCAGCCCUGGACGACCUGGAGAGCGCAACGCUGCCACCCAAGCCGAGCCUGUUCAAGGGCCACCUUUACAGCUUCGCCCUGACCGCAGUGAUCAGCGUCCCCAGCUGGCUCGUUCCCUCGAUAAGCAAGCAGGAGUUUGUGCACGAAAACAAUGUGGUGUUUUUGCACUUCAAGUCGAAGCUGAUCAGGCUGCUCUCCGAGUACUGCAAGGUCUGCCUCGACGACCACAACAGGCAGCACUGGCACUCCGAGAGGAUGAAGCAGAUCGUUGACUACGACCUGGCCAACCAGUCGAGUCUGAACUUCUUCAUGGCCAACAACAGGAACGAGGUCGAGGGCCUCGACGACGAGGUGGUGCCCUCCUGGAAGACCCAGGAGACCGACUCCGCGCCCGCUCAGGAUGCGCCCGAGGCUCCGGCCCUCGUGGUCGCCGAGAGCGCCGAAGCUCCUAAAGUUGAAGCUACUAACAUGGCACCUAACCCGUAA